AUGCUACUACUGCAUACUGUUUCACCGUAUGAAUUUUAUGGUCGCCCGUUGAAAAUAAUAAGGAAGUUGCCGGAUCGUUAUGUGCGAAGUGGUGUGUCGAGUGAUGCAGCAGAAGAAUUAGUAGAUGAGGAGUUUCAAGCAAUGCUUAGCGCAUUGAAGGAAUUUUCGGAUUUCGCAGACGAGUUGAAUUUAUUUUAUGGCCUCAGAGAAAACCGAAAAAAAAUCGAUUUCAGCCGAGUGUUUGUUGAUUUUUUCAUUGUUAGAUAAUUUGCUUCACUGAAAGAGGGCGAACGUGUAUACGGUGUUGUUGAAGAAACAGAUGAAAAUUUUGCGCCGUUUACUGGCACUUGGAAGAGGGUCGAAAUUUUGGCUUUAAAGAAUCCUAGUGGUGCUGCUGUUGUUGUUGCUGUGGUUUUGUUAUUGUUUUUGUUGCUGUUGUUGUUCCUACCUAUGCUUAAUGCUGUUGACGGAAGAAAAUAUGAGAACGCAUUCAGUUCCGUUGUAUACGAG